UGGUUGGGCCAUUUAUGUUGCUUCUGCUUUGACAUUCGUUCUUUUAUUCGCCCUUCAAAUAAAUCAUCGAUCGUAUCCUAAUAAUUAUCUUCUGCUUGCUGCUUUCACGAUUGCUGAAAGUUACACAAUUGGGACCGUUGUAACCUAUUAUAAUUAUUUUGUUGUGCUAAGAUCCUUAGUUGUCACAUCUGGCCUUUUUAUUGGUAUUAUACUGUAUACAAUGCAAUCUAAAUAUGAUUUCUUUGGAUUGUAUCCUUUUCUCUAUGAUGGUCUUUUGCUUGUUCUGGGAAUAAGUAUUACCGGAAUCUAUAUUCCAUUCGGUGGUGUUUUUGAUUUUAUUUUUACUAUAAUUACCAUUGUUCUAUUUUGUGGUUUCGUUGCUUUCGAUACUUUUGUUAUCUUGACAACAAAACAUCCUGAAGAUUAUAUUCUCGCCGCCGUUGACCUUUAUUUAGAUUUUAUUAACAUAUUUCUCAGAAUUCUCAAGGUUUUAAAUAAUAAUUCCCAGUCCAUGACGGACAAAGACCUGCGGACAGACAGGCAUGUUGAUUUGCACUUUGUUAUCAAUGUUUCUAACGCAAUUGACAAUGAAUGUGAAAUAGUUUGUAAAGCUUUAAAAGAAGUUGAAGAA